AUGAUCUCCUCUCCUCUCUCUAGCUCGUCGUCCUCAUCCACGUCCCCUCCCUCCCUAACAUGGUUGAACUCGAUCCCAUCGUUACAUGCCCACGACCAGGCUCCAGCAGAGCAGGUGAGCAGGCGCAGAGCUCUGAAGGGAGCUUACAAGCUGAGGAGAGAAGACUCAGGAGAAGUCAUAGGGAUCGACCAGACUCCCUUCAUCGUCGGUAGGGGGCACCGAUGCAACCUGCGUAUCAAGCACGAUCAAGUCAGCUCCACGCACUGCAUCCUCCACUUCUUCUCUCAGUUCGAUGACGUGUUCCUGGAGGACUGCAGCUCCAACGGCACCUACGUCAACGGCGAACGUGUUGACUCGGUAGCUCUGCUGCCUCGCCAUGCUAGGAUCGGAAUCACAAAGCAGCAUGUCUAUGUUCUUGAGUCGUCUCAGUCGCUAGCUGAAGGCACUAUAGAGAACUUGAAGGCUGCGGGCAAGAACGUCCAUGGGAACACAGAAGAAGUGACAGGAAAGCACCUCAGGAUAUUCGAGGAUAGCUUUGUACCAUCCAAGGCGGGGAAAGAAGCCAAUGUUCAGUCAGGCAUCGAGUUUGUCAACCCUGCUCUCCCCAUUACAGCCACCUCGAAACAUUCUUUGACCAAGAAGAAGCGCGCUAGAAAGGUCAAGAGCAAGUCAACUAGUCAAGAGCAGGUCAACAAGUCAGUCGGGCCCCUCUUCAUUUCCGGGGAGCAUCCAAUCCAAAGAAUCACUGAGCAAGAUCUUGUCAGCUGGACAGACGACUCGCACAACCCUGACACCUCGGCGUCGUUGGAGAUGGCUCCUGUCAAAACUUCUUCCGAGUGGCCUUUGGUGACUCGCGGCCCGUCGCCGCUGCAGCUUGCGAUCGACUUUGCGGCAAGGAAAGGAGGAGGAGAGGGAGUGGAGGGCAUGAGGAAGGAGCUCCUGGGGACAGAGGAGAGAUCAGCAUUGAAGUCAGCAGAAGCGAGGAAGAUCGGGAAGAGUCAUCGUGUGAACAGCUCAGGCAGUCAGGCAGCCGGCGACUCGUUCGAUGUCAGCGGAGGAAGGAGGAGCUCGAACAAGCUGGAGCGUGAGGGAUCAGAUGACACAGCCAUCCAGCUAUUCGCUGCUGCUGCUGCUUCCUCCACCAAAGGAAGUUUCUCAGCUCUUGAUGAGAUUCAGAGUUUCCUUCAGCCUCCAGAUCAGACUCUCCCCGCCACAAAGGACAAAAUUCUUUCUCCUCUUCCUCCUCGCUCGCAAGGUGAGCUAGAAAUUAAGUGGGGAUGGUGUACAGUCAAGUGCCGACGGUCAAGGUUUUUGUCCUUCAACAGGAAGUGCUUUCUGCGGCUUCAGGACGACUCUCUAAUGCUCAAGUGCGUGAAGAUGAAUAGCGACAUUGCGCUGCAGUGCUUCAUGAGUUUGGACGCCAAGAAAGUUUUGAUGCUCGACGUCAAGCAGUGGCAGGCGGCUCUCUGCCCGAGGAACAGCAGGAGACUCUACCUCACCUGGCAACCUGCUGGAGGAGAGCUGGGAAAGAGCUGGGAGGAUCUGCCCCAUCCGUCUGCUGACGUCAGCCCGUACGGGCUGCUGGACUUUCCGCUGGGACGGGGCUUGUUCGAGUUGACCUUGAGGAGCGAGGAGGAGAGAGGAGACUGGUACCUCCUUCUCCUCUCCCGCAGCGAGUGCGCUCGAGCCAGCUACCUGGCGUGA